UCACUGCACCGACUGGUUCAGAGGAAUAUGUGUAUUUACUAAACUUCUAAAUCAAGAAUCAUUACAUUUAUCUCUCCCCACAUACAUUAUGUGGUAAACCCCAUGCUAUAAUCUCUUGGCAUGAAACCAUUGUUCGUUACCUGUAGUUUAGUGUGGGUUUACAGCUGAGUCAGUUUGUUGUUGCAGAGCGAAGGUGAGAAGAUCUAGUUGAGCAGACCGAUAUCGAAUCGUUAAAAUGAAGGCUUCAUUCUAUCUGAUGAUAUUUUUAGCUAUUCUUGGCUUCCCCGAGGGUAACACUAAUGGUAACACGACCUGGCAUGUUGCAAACGAAACCAUGUUCAUCGGCAUUGGUGUUCACGAAAAUCCAGUUUUUAAUUGUUCUUUGACAAUGGAAAAGGUAUCAAUCAAGAGGCAAAAGGAGUGUGUUUUUCCCUUUAUUCAGUGGCUACAAAGGAACCCCAAGUCUAAUUGCAGGGUCGAACAUGGGAAGUUUUUGGACUGCAUGGUAGAUGCCGAAAAAGUCUGCAGUACCGAAGAUCAACUAAUAGCUUUAAGAGAAAUGUUUGAAAAGACCUACACUGAGGAUCGUGUAUGCAUUAAAAGCUUUCUGUUCUUACCAGCCAACGAGACAUAUGCAUUUCUUGGAUAUUCCUGCAAAAUGGACCAGAGUGAAAAACUUCGGUUAAAGCAGAAUGCUUGCUCCAAGAAGUUAGAAGAAAUGUGGCAGACAAACAGAGCUGAUAAAAGGAUCUGUCGAGAGUACGUUAAUGUAAAAGCAUGCUUGAAAAAGCUGCAAGCUGAUGCACCUUGCAACAAGACUAAAGAAGAACAAGUUUUAUCAGACAUACUGCUAGGCAGUUUUAAUCCUUACUGUCAAAACGGUGUUGAUCCUGUCCGCGGCGUUUCCAUAAUGAAAUGUCCGUCGUACUUCCUUUUUGGUCUCCUCAUCACAACCGCUUUGAUAAAAAUUGUUUACAUUUAAUGAAGAGGUUGAUACAGCAACUCGUAGUCAUGAAAUUAUACGAGAAAUGUAUGUCACCCUGAAUGUAAGAUUUUUGAGGAAAUCAGACAACAGCAGAUUUUGACAUUUAUCAUAYAUAUGAUAAAUUAAGCUAAAGAGAAUAGUGCUUUCAAUACUAACAGUUUGUGAAGUUUCUAUAAAAAUGGCUAUGUAYUUCACCUCAAGUAAUUGGUAAUAAAGUGAUAGUUUUCCUUGAA